GAGGAAACGUCAUAUCUCUGCGCGGCGGGAAAAGUUCAGUCUGUCAGAGAAUUUCAGGUUAAGCUGUGGCCUUGUGUUUAUGCUUUGUCUUUGCUGUUCCUAAUUGAUUCAGUUCAGUUCAGGUACAGAAAAAUAGCUUCUCUCGCAUGCAGGUAAAAAAAAAGAAAAAAAAAAAAAGCAAAGUUGGUGUCGUAUGUAGCAGACGAAUAGACCGGCUCGUGUUGUAUUACAUGGAUGCCAUAGUAGCCGUUACGUUUGAUAUCAAAGAUGGCGAGCAAAUGAAAAUAUUGCGAAAAGAAAAUAUCUGUCUAUUAAUAAUAUUUUCACUUGCUUCAAAAAUAUUUAGAGUUUUCAUAAAUCCAUGAUUACUUUGUUUUUUUUUCUACUAUAAACCGACGUAGCAGUGACGUACCCGUUUCCUUCUUCCUCCGGCUCUUGAGCGAAAUGGCGGCUGGAUAUGUUAGGUUUUUGUACAUUAGCUAACGCAAAACCAAUUUAAGACGCAAUUUUGGUAUCUAGGCGCCAUAAUUGGGUGCUUUCUUUAGUUCUGGUCUAGCAAAUUUCUGGGUUCAAGGCGAAGUUCGGAAAGUCAAGCCUCGAAGGAGUUUGCCGCACGGAGUGAAGCCACCACCACACACAAAUUUCUCAACUAGGAUAUUUGCAAGUUACUUUCAAAGAUGUCUGACAUUCUAUCAAGAGGGUUCAAGGCCCAGCUGACCACAGCUAUGGAAUCUAUUUCGAGGAGAGCCGUGUAUGAGAUAAUGAAGAUUUUUGAAAACACAUUGUAUGACAAUCACAUGGAGCUGGCACAGAAAGGACAAGAGGUCGUCCAACUUAAAAUCAAGUUACAGACAGCAGAGCUAAAGCUGAAAGAACUUGAGGAUGCAAGAGGAAGACAAGUAAAGACGAAUAAAGUUCAGACGAAUCCGUCGCAAACAGAGGUUGAAGUUGUCACAGAAACUCCAGGACAGUCUUCUGAGGUUCCUGAGAUUGAUUUUGAAGUACCCGAUGACUGGUGUUCUCCUCUGAGCUACGAGACUGUGACCAAACCAGAUGAAGUUGUGUGUCCCAGUGUACGACUACGGCCGUUGUCCAUACCUCUGUGUCAUAUUACAAUCCCCAAGGUUGAGGCAGUUCGCUGUGACAUUGACUUGAGCCAGAGAAGAAAGGGUGCCAGGAGAUCCAGUAGAAUGUAGCAGCAUGUGAACCGGUUCCCCAUCUAUUGUUGGAUCUGGUUGGAGUGGCCCUACAGCUUGGUGCAACUCUCCAGAGCAGAGAUGAUAUAGAGACGUGUCACAACAGUGAACUCGGGUCUGCAAUACAAAGAAAAUCCAGUGUGCCCAACCUGGACAAUCAAGCUAAGCAGUCACAUGAAGUUUCAAAUUUAAAAGAGAGCAAAAAAACAGGUAAGGACAAAAAAUUACCAGCGCAUGAUCAUUGGUUUCACAACAUUAAAAAUGAUGUGAAACUGUUCCUCCAUGACAUCAAAGAGGAAUAUCCGGACCUAAUUGCUUCGGAACACCAUAGACAAAGGAGGAGAAAAUUAAGAGGACAAAAGCAAGAAAAUGAAGUGAAGAGCAAAAGGGAGCAAAGAAAAACAGCAUCAACUGAGUCCACGUCCAAAGAACAUGAAACAAUGGAAAGUGGCAGCAAAAAUGCUUACUCCUGCAAGAUUUGCGAAAAAGUGUUCAAUACAGAAUUUGGCCGAAAUGUGCACAUACGAUCGCACAAGACGUGUCGAGGCUGCAAGAAAUUCUUCCCAUUUCCGAGCACACUGAGACGACAUAAACGUAAUUGUGCAAAACUCAAGAAAUUGUUGGCAGCCAGCUCUGAAGGCAAACCAGCUGAUGAAGGAGAAACCCGUACGCCAAGCAAAAAACAGGCCAUCAGUGAAGAGAGCACACGUUCCUCAAGCAGCAACAACAAUAAGGAGGGAAAUAAAAACACGGGAAGGUACCCCUGUACGCACUGCAGCAAGUCAUUUGAUUUUCGGUUCAAGUUAAUAGAGCACAUGCGGAUUCAUACCGGUGAAAAGCCGUAUUCAUGCAGCAUUUGUCAAAAGACAUUCCGCAUUGCUCAGUCACUCAGAUUGCACAUGGUGAAAAGACACAACGACCAAAACACGGACAUAAAUGGAGACCUUUCAUGGACCAGACCUUUAGAAGAGAUCGAAGAGAACACGGGGGGUCCAGUUUCUCCCCACAAACACAUGAGUGAGGAACCCAAGCAAAACAAAGAGAGGCGUCGGUCAAAGAAAAACUCCAGAUGGCAAACAAUGGGCGUGCGGCACAAUCACGGCUUCAUGUGCUUAUCCUGUCACAAGGUGUUGAGGAGCAAAGUAAUCUUGAUUGAACACUAUCGCAUCCACACAGGAGAGAAACCCCUAAAAUGCGACAGGUGUCCUGCGAAGUUUCGUACUAAUGCGCAGCUGUACAUGCACAAAAAGAAGUGCCGCUGUCCUCCGGCAGCUAUCCAGUGCAAGAAGUGUGACAAACCAUUACCCUCACAAGAAGUUUAUGACAAGCAUGUGUCUAAAUGUAAAAAUUAGAGCAGGCUCGCCUAAAGGACUAAACCAAAGGACUCCUCUGGUACCAUAUCGCGCGCUAACAUCAGUACUAAUUACUGUGAGUAAACCAGAUGUCAUUACCUGACUGUGGACAUUGAAACACUGGAUUUUGUCUCUGGUGGCUUUAAGUUAAACUGUACUGUUUUUUUGUUUGUUUGUUUUUUGUUUAAUACAAUUACAUGAUUGUCUUUCAUAUCUGGCGUAUUUUAAAACAAUACAUAAAACAAUAAUCAACAAUCGGGUGAUGUCUGCUAUUGACAAAUUGGUAAGAAGAAAUUUUUUUAAACUAAGAGUUACACUUUUUUAAUCCACCUAAAACGGUUUUUUUUGUUGGGUUUUUUUUCACUAAUAACAUGAAAAUAAAUGUUGGGGUUUAAGCAGUGGUUCAAGCUAGUGCAGAUGUAGAGUAACCCUCAGGAAUUUCAGUCUAAAUAUUUCUAAAGACGUUUUUGGUUUUGUUUGGGUUUUUGUUAACCGAGUUAAUACCUCAUAAUUUGGGAUAGUUCAUCAUAUUGAUGCAAAAGUUCUGUAAAACCAACAUUGCCUUAAAGCAGACCUGCACUUUGACCAUAAUAGUGACUGCAAUGGUUGUGGUAAUGGAUACUGAAAGACUAACUACAUCAGUACAGGUUGUAUAACAUAGAUCCCUGUUUGCUAAACUCUGUUUUAAAGGCUUACCCUCUUGUUCUUGUUUAUAACUUGAGCUAAAUGCCAUUCUCGCUGUCUGUUUGUUUUGUGUUUAGCUUGUCCUGUCGUUGUCAACAGGAAUUUGAGAAAUCGCAUGACUUGACCUUUCACAUCAUCCCAAAUUGCCUGAUGUGCUUGAGUGCUUGAGCUUUUCAUGUUGACUGUAUUUACUGGACAAAAUCAGUUAUUCUAAAGGUUCAACUGUUGUUUUAUAUCUGAAAACAUUUCAUUGUUCUGUGGUUUUGAUACCUUUGCAAUUUUUAUGCAGUUUUUAAUAUAUUUUGUACGUUUGUUCAGUGUUUUUUGCUUCAAGUUUACAAAUUUCAAAAUGUGUUUGUGUGCAUUAAAUAUUGAUUUCUGGAACAGUCAGAACAAAUAUGAAUGUGUUUUUCUUUUUUAACUGCUCCGAACCAAAUAUGUGGUUUUUAUUUUUGUCGUGUGGGUUUUUCUUUUGAAUCUAUAUGUAAUAGGUGAACUUACAAGCCUCUUUUUUUGUAACUGCACUGUAGUUGCUAGAUUGAAUCGUUGUCGCUUUUAAAUAAAACACCCAUUUUAUACCUUUUGUCAUUUAUGUAUUUAAUAUGAAUUUAGAGAAGAUUCAAAUGACAGCUAUAGCGAUUUUCGAUGAAUACAAGUGAAUGUGCUUCUGAACAUUUAGCCUUCUUAUCGCGAGACUUGCGGUGGUGAUCACAUCGCAGGUACCAACCUGCUAGCUCAAGAAAAACUACAUCUCUUGAGUGUUGUUUUAAUGCUCAGUGAAGAUAUUUUGCCACCAACUACUGUCGGGCAUUACGGACCUGUGCUUUUGGUCGUUUCUUCUUCAGUUGCGCUGUCAGCUUCAGGACUGAAUAGUAAAGGCUGCGCUUGGUUGGCUCCCGUGUUUACACGUUAACCGGAGGUAACAUUAGCUAGCUCGGUGUAACGGCACUGAACGCCUUGCCUGGUCACAGCCAGUUUCUCAACGCUAGACUGAAGUUAACAAUGUUUAUACUCGUCUUCCAUACAAACUGGCGUUUUGCACUACAGCAUAUUGCUUGCCAUCAUCGUGUGUAACACUAACACUAGCAGUCGCUUAAGUGAUAAAGCAUUUAGGAUUUUUUGUGAUUAUUAUAACAUUACUAUAAAGAAGCACACGUUGUAGAUAUCGAGUUAUAAAUGUCUGAUGGCGUAAUGCUGUAAAUUGGCUGUUUAGUAUGGCAGCAUCUCAUGGCAGUUCAUAGAUGCCACGGCAGAGGAGUGUAUAGCGGUAGCCACGUCGUCCGUCUACUCCCUCUGGAGGCAAACCACAGAAGAAAACAGCAGUGGCAACCAGCUGUUGUCAUUAAAACAGCAUCCAUAAAACAAAGGACAAUGGAGUCUGUGAGGAGCGCUUUCCAUGCUCAGCUGGCCACCGUCAUGGACUCACUGCUGGCAGCCGCUGUGUGCGAGAUAGCCAAGAUCUUUGAGAGCAGCCUGUGUGAACAGCAGGCGGAGCUGGCGCAGAAAACCGAGGAGCUCUCCAUCCUCCGGUGUAAGCUGGAGAAAGUGGAGAGGAGGCAGAAGGCAAAGGGUGGAGGGAGCGAGGAGGGAGAGAUGUCCUCAGGAGACAGAGAGGGCAGCUUGAAGCAACAGACCCUGACAGGAUCAGGACUGAAUAUGGGAAAAGAUGUCUCUUCUCAUUCAGACCCAGUAGAAGGACUCAGCCAGAGCCUUGGUAAACUGAAGGAGGAGGUCAAGGGUCAGGAUGGAGCUUCAGUAAAGCACGAGCGUGCUGGGUCACGGCCUGGCCUGGGGUCUUUCACAGCCCAAGCGCCAGAGAGAAGCCUCGCAGUUGGGGACGAGAUGCAGAUUGAUGCCCUGACUCCUACACAAGCUAAGACAAAAUUAUCUCACUGGGAUCAGAGCAGUCGUGGUGCAGACCACAGACCCCUUCAGGAUCAAGCCUCUGCCCCAUUUCUCUCCAUCUCCCAGAGUGGACGCUGCUCCCCCAGACCUGACCCUAGCCUGGCUCAACCAGGUGAGUGGUUACCUGGGUUGGACACCACCCGAGGUGGGGUGUCCAGUCUGGAGAACCUGCAGGCAGACAGCACCAGCUGCACUGGUGCAGCUAGCAGCAGCACUGGCACAGAUGCGCCCUGCUUCAGGCCUGGUUUUGGCUCAGAUGAGACCAGCAACGAAGAUGAUGACUCUUUCCCAUUUCUGGACCAGGAGCCUGAGAACCAGAACUCCAACCAGAACGCAGAGAGGGGGGCCCAGCAGGAUCAAUCCCAAGCUCCACCUGGUGAGUCACUAUGGAGACCAAGAGACGAGAGGGGUGGGAGACCCUCCAUGAAUAACACGCGGCGAGUCACAAAUUUUGGAAACAGAGAUCCUCUCCGACCCCAGUCUAAUACACAGCUGCUCACUUUACGACACACAAACGCUCUUAGCCACCCUCCAGCUUCAAGUGGAGGGAACGGCCGACCUUACACCUGUCCAUACUGCACAAAGUGUUUUACGUACCCCUCUCACCAGCGCAGACACCUUUUACGCCACACAGGAGUCAGACUGCAUCCCUGUCAGUUUUGUGAAAAGAGCUUCCUCACUCCCUCUGAGCUUACUGUGCACACUCGCACACAUACAGGGGAGCGGCCUUUUGGCUGUGCUCAGUGUGGUAAACGUUUCGCCCGCAGCGGGAACCUGAGAGCGCACCAGCGGGACGUUCACAUGGGGAAGAGGCCCUUUGCUUGCACAGAGUGCGGAAAGAGAUUUGCCCACAGGGGAAACCUUAGGGUGCACAAUCACAGAGUCCACCAAGGAGAUCCCUACUACAUGGAUGACCAGCAGGAGCCUGACAUAGUCCCAAAUCCCAUUUAAAAAGAUUUUUUAAAUUAAAAAAAUGGAUCUGCACUUUGAAUUUCAUUUGCACAAUAAAACCUAAAAACUUCUUUGAAGGUUGCCUGUAUCAGUGAGCACUUAAAAUAGUUUAAAAUACUUCAGGUUUUUGUUUUAUUUGUUUCUGUUUUGAGACAAGUGUUAAAUUAAUUAUCCAAAGUUUAAGCUACAUUUAUUGACCCACAGAAUCAAAGUUAGUUUCUAAAUGUUUUUUUCAGUUUUGACUCAUAAUUUUGGGUCACGCAAAAAGAAAGAGUGUCUUAUUUUGCUGUAUUGUAAAUGAAUAGAUGUAAUUUUCCAAGAAUAAGAAACACUGGCUGCUGAUGUGAAGAAUGUAAUAAUAAUGAUUCUCCAGGCUGACUUUAUCUUCCAGUGAUGUUCUUCCCUGUAUGUGGACAGUUGGCAAAUGGAUCCAUGCACCUUUUCAUUACUUAAUGUGACAAAACUCCAAAAUAACAAUAAUAAUAAUAUUUUUUGUAAAGUGACUAAAGAAAGACUAGUUGGUAUUAGCUUAGGACAUGUGGCACGCAGAGGUAGGAUAGCACAUCUGUUUCUUCACAUUUGUCCUGUACUGCCUAUCUCCUCAAACCAUUAAGUUGAAUGUAUUGUGAAAAAAAUGGAAAUGUGUUCCUGCAACAAGUCCAUAAUCAUGAUGUUAAAGAACUGUACUUUCCUUUCAGCCUGUUUUUGCGAAGUGAAAUUAAACACUAUAGUCAUGCAUUAACUCCUUAUGUUUCUCCUAAGCCUGAAAAAUCACUUCACUUUAGAGUUUGGUUUUAGUUUCGCUGCACAAGUCUUUGUCAGACACUAGGGGGCAGUGCCAACACACAAAAGAGUUAUAGAAACAGCUUUGGACAGCUUUGCACAUUUUGGUAGUGUUGCCCUAUAUUUCAGAACUUUUUCCCUGAUGCACGCACUUGUGUCAUCGUGCCAUCUCUCAAGCUGUGCUUGUUAGGCAAAAUCAAAACGAGACUACAUCGGUUACUGGGUUUAGGUGCUAAAGACCCAAUUUCUCUUUAGCCGUUUGGCUUUAAAAGUGUGCAAAAACAGCAGUUUAAUUAUUGUCAGAGGGGCCAUUCUAUUUUUACCCCAGUCCAUAUCUUCAAAAGAUGUGCUGAAAGAUUUGGAGCCUUUCAUAAAACUAUAUUUGCAUAUGCUUUUAUGAACAACAUCAUAAUAAGUCCCCGUGUGUGUUUUCUUUUCUCCAUAUAGUUCCUGAAAAAGUAACUUCCUUAUUGUGGAAAUGAGUGGAAACAAAACCCAGAUGUCUCAUUCUAUGUAAAAUGAUGAAAAAGUAUUUUUCACUCUUAAUUAUUCAAGUUAAAUCAGAAUCCAUUAAAACUGUAAGUUGGUAUGAAA